ACACACAUUCCCACAAAAAAUAGUCCCUGCCUCAGGGAACUUACAAUCUAAGAAGAGACAAGACCAACAGGUGGAUACAACAAACAGAUAGGGAGAAGAAAGUCACCAUGAAAAUUAUGACCAGUGUAAUGAACAGCAGUCACUUUUGAGUGACUGACUUUGAAACCUUAAUCAUAUUAUUUUAACUUUGUUUUGUGUGUGUCAUAUGUAUAUAUACAGUGCACAGCUAUAGAAAGAACUACCUAGUUACAUCAUUCAAAAGUAUACACAUUCUUGCACACAAUUUUUGAGGAAAAUCUUUCACAUCCUGCAAGCCCACGGACACAGAGCAAAAGCAAGGAAGCACUCCAAAAAACCAUAAAAACCUCAACAAAUCACUUGGCAGAGACUACUAAGCAAGUAGAGGGGUUUUGGCUGACAAGGCAAAUUGAGCAGUGUUUGAUUUAGAGCCUGUUUACUUUGGGAGAUAUACAAUUUACUAGCAUCAAAGUUCAGAUUUAAACUCAGCAAUUCGCUUUAUUCUAGCUAUUCAACGUAUUCCUCUCUACACAGUGGCUUGGAGCUUCUGACCUGUCACAAUGAAGCUCCUAUUUCAUUUGUUUGUUCUCUCUUUCAUCAUAACAUCUGCAUUUUGUGGGAUCAAAGACUUUAAUAAGCACUUUGAAAGUGUUAAUCAAGCUAUAAAUCCCCAUGCGCCCCAUGAAAAUGAAACCCAGGAUAUGCCUAAUUUUCCACCAGAGUUCCACAAGGAAAAUACUAUAACCAAUGACUUGAUUGCUGAGGAAGAAGAAGAGGAAGACUAUCUAGACUGGGAAAAGAUACUUGAGGAGGAUUAUUAUGGUGACAUAAUUGAUGCUUCUCCAUAUCCCUAUAUGGUUGCUGAAAUUCCCCAAGGAAAUAUUCUUGAGCUAUUCCAUGGUAAAACCAGAAUCCAGCGUCUCAACAUCCUCAAUGCAAACUUUGGCUUCAACCUUUAUCGGAGUCUGAACGACAGAGCCAAUUCUUCAGAUAACAUUCUAAUGGCUCCUGUUGGUAUUUCCACUGCAAUGGCUAUGAUUUCAUUAGGGCUGAAGGGACAAACACACCAGGAAGUAUUCUCAGUUCUAGGCUUCAGAGAUUUCAUUAACGCCAGCUCCAAGUAUGAGAUUACGACAAUUCACAACCUCUUCCGUAAACUAACUCACCGGCUCUUCAGACGCAAUUUUGGUUACACACUGCGAUCGGUGAAUGAUCUUUAUAUUCGGAAGCAAUUUUCUAUUAUGGAUGAUUUCAGAAACAACAUGAAAAAUUAUUACUUUGCUGAGGCUCAAUCAUCUGACUUCUCAGAUCCUGCCUUCAUCACUAAAACCAACGAGCGCAUCCUGAAACUGACCAAAGGAUUAAUAAAAGAAGCUCUGGUGAACAUCAACCCCACAACACUGAUGAUGAUUCUCAACUGUAUUUACUUUAAAGGAACUUGGGAAAACAAGUUUCCAGUGGAAAUGACAAACAAACGGACCUUCCGACUGAAUGAGAAAGAAACAAUAAAGGUUCCUAUGAUGCAGACCAAAGGAAACUUCCUGGCUGCUGCAGACCAUGAGCUAGACUGUGGUGUGCUCCAGCUGCCAUACGUGGGGAACAUCAGCAUGCUGAUUGUGCUUCCAAACAAACUAUCUGGCAUGAAAACACUGGAGAAGCGACUGACUCCUCAGGUGGUGGAGAAAUGGCAAAAUAGCAUGACAAACAGAACAAGAGAGGUAGUUCUGCCUAAAUUUAAGCUGGAGAAGAGCUAUGACCUGACUGAUUAUCUGAAAUCCAUGGGAAUAGAAAUACUGUUUGACAACAAUGGCGACUAUUCUGGAAUAUCAGAUGAGAAAGUCAUCAUUGAUAUGUUCAAUCAUCAAGGCACGAUUACUGUGAACGAGGAAGGCACAGAGGCUGCAGCUGUGACCACGGUAGGGUUCAUGCCCCUUUCCACCCAGAUUCGUUUCGUCGUUGACCGCCCCUUUCUGUUUCUCAUCUACGAGCAUCGCACCAACUGCCUGCUGUUCAUGGGCAGAGUCGCCAACCCCAGCAAGUUUUAAAAACAGAGGAGUGCUCUCAUAUCCAGGUUGUAUGAUUACAUUUUAGUACAGCUAUUUUUGAAAGGAAGUUUUUAAUUGUCACAUUAGUCAGAGGUUACUGUCAUUACACAUGACUCACCAUUUAUCAGUGGAAAAUGCAAUAUAUACAAGACUAUUCAUGUAUAUACACAUCAAUAUAUAUAAGAAUGGACUCACAGGAGUAGAUGAUUUGACUGCAAUUUAUAAAGAUUAAUGCCAGGCACUGAUACAUCUAUAUUAAAAUCUCGUAAAGAAACCUACAUGGUGUUAUAUUCAAUGUAUUGAACUUCACCAGCAAAUAAAACAUUAGACCAGGAUUUUUAAAAGCGGCUGUCAACAGUUAAAUUUCUUAAAUCUGUAUUUAAACACUUACAAACAGGCAAGCCUAAGAAAGUUCUGAACACCUUGCAGUUCUGGUACCUAAAUAUAGAAUGAGAGAUCUAACUUUAGGUACCCAUUUUGAAAAUCUUGCCCUCAGAGCCUGAUUCUGCCCUCUGAUAUCUCAAAUUCAGCCUAGAGGAAACUGGCACAAUUCCCAGGGAAGUCCCAGUCGAACCCAACAGCAAUCUAAAUGGAGGUAUAAAUAGUGAAGUAGAGAAACUUGUACUGAUUUCACAUUCAACAGGUUUAUAAAACAUGAAACUUACAAACCAAUGAAGCAGAACAGAGGGACUGUAGGAAAAGUAAGGUACCAUUAGGUCUGGUUUUGAUUUCAUACCAGUUCUACAUUGGCAUGGCACCAAUGAUUUCAAUACAGUUACGCCUGAUUUCCAGUGUGAAGUCAGAGUCAGGCCAAAUGGGUAAUUUAUACCACUGUAAACUGUCACCAAAUUUAGCCAAUUGUGUAUAGACACAUCUGUGGGGGGCAUAAGGUCCAUAACACAGCUUAUAUACAAAAAGGCUUUGAUAUAAAUUAAGUAG